UAUUUUCUGUCUGUUUCAGCCGUCACGUCACGUCAAAAAAUUGUCGGUGAUGAUCUCUUGCGUUUAGUAUUAUUUAUUUUAUUACUGUUUUUCUUUUAUUUCAUUAUUUCCAGUGAUUAAUUUUUUGUUCCCUCCUAAAAAAUCUGGUCUUUAUAAUAAACCAAGAGUACGGGUAUAUCUCAUUUAUAUAUCACAAUAUUAAAUUUAACAGUUUAUUUUUGGGGUGUCUUGUAGGUAGUUGUAAUUCAUAAUUACUCCUAAUUUGUGACUUAUUAUUUAAUGCUAGUUAUAUAGUAGCAUUUAAUCGCAGCUAUGUCUAUUCUACAAUCCUGAAGCUAUACAGCUCAUGUUUCUAGUAUCAGCUGACGAACGACUUUCAGCAAGUAAACAUGGAAUCAAGUAAGAAAAAGGGUCGUCCUGCACACCCCAGGGCACAAGCGAAUCCACUAUCAGCUCUCACAUUUGGAUGGACUUUACCUAUUUUUUGGAGGGGCUUGAAACAGGAAAUGGAAGAGGAACACCUAUACGAACCCUUAAAAGAACACGCAUCAGGUCCCCUUGGCGACAAAUUUGCUCGCCUUUGGGAGGAGGAGGUGGCUCGCGCCGGUACCAAGCGCACGCCGAGCCUUCUCCGAGUCAUACUGAGAGCAUACGCCGUGAGAUGCAUGCUGUACGGAUUGGUGCUGCUUUUUAUGGAAUGUGGCAUACGGCUCGCGCAGCCAGUGUUCCUCGGCAAGCUGGUGGACUUCUACUCGGUGAGGACGGACCAGCCCGUGUCGCUCAACGAGGCCUACUGGUACGCCGGGGCCGUGGUGCUGUGCUCGGCGCUCAACGUGCUCGUCGUUCACUCCUACAUGAUGGCCAUAUUGCAUAUGGGCAUGAAGUUCCGGGUUGCCUGUUGCUCUCUCAUAUAUCGAAAGUCGCUCAGACUGUCCAAGACGGCUCUCGGCGAAACGACGGUCGGCCAAGUGGUGAAUCUGCUCUCGAACGACGUGAACCGCUUCGACGUGGCCGUGAUAUUCUUGCACUAUCUGUGGAUAGGGCCGCUGGCCACGGUCAUUAUAACCUACCUUAUGUGGCAGGAGAUCAGCUGGGCGGCGGUCGUCGGCGUCGGGUUCAUGUUGGCGUUCAUACCUCUACAAGCGUGGCUGGGCAAGAGGACGUCGGUGCUGCGGCUUAAAACGGCGCUGCGCACGGACGAGCGCGUGCGGCUCAUGAACGAGAUCCUCUCCGGCAUCCAGGUCAUCAAGAUGUACACCUGGGAGAAGCCGUUCGCGGAUCUCGUCGCUAAGGCUAGGAAGCAGGAGAUAAAACAGAUCCGCGCCACAUCCUACAUCCGCGGCGUGCUGACCUCGUUCACGAUGUUCACCACCCGCAUCUGCCUGUUCUGCUCGAUUCUGGCCUUCGUGCUGGAGAACAACGUCAUCUCCGCCAAGCAGGUGUUCGUCGUCAGCAGCUUCUACAACAUCCUGCGGCAGACCAUGACCGUAUUCUUUCCGCAAGGCAUCGCUCAAGUAGCAGAAGCAACUGUGUCUAUUAAAAGACUUCAAAACUUUAUGCUUUAUGAAGACACGGGCAAACCAGUCCCUACUUUGAGUGAUAUACAAACUUCAACAAAACCUAAAAUCAAAGUACUGGAUGAGCCAAAGGAAACACCAACCACUCCGACUAAAUCUGCGUUAGAUAUGCUUCAAGAAGAUAUGCCCUCUGACGAGUCGAACGCUGCCAAAGAAACAAAAAAGCCAGAUGAGGCCAGAGGCAACGGGCGGUCGGCGGCCCCGCUGGAGUCGGGCGAGGAGGAGGACUCGGAGCUGGAGCGCUCGCAGGGCGCCAGCGUGCGGUUGCAGCACGCCACGGCCAAGUGGGUCGCCGCGCACCACGAGAACACGCUCACCGACCUCAGCCUCACCAUCAAGCCCGGCAAACUGAUCGCGGUGAUCGGGCCGGUGGGCGCGGGCAAGUCGUCCCUGCUGCACGUGCUGCUGUGCGAGCUGCCGCUAGUGUCCGGCUCGGUGCACGUCGGCGGCUCCGUGUCCUACGCGGGACAGGAGCCGUGGCUGUUCGCUGGUAGCGUGAGGCAGAACAUCCUGUUCGGGCAGCCGAUGGACCGGCCGCGGUACAACACGGUGGUGCGGCGCUGCGCGCUCGACCGCGACUUCUCGCUGCUGCCGCACGGCGACAAGACCGUCGUGGGCGAGCGCGGCGUCAGUCUCAGCGGAGGUCAGCGUGCGCGUAUCUCCUUGGCACGUGCCGUAUACAAGCGCGCUGACAUCUACCUGCUGGACGACCCGCUGUCGGCGGUGGACGCGCACGUGGGCCGACAUCUGUUCGAGUCCUGCCUCGUCGGUUAUCUGCGACACACCACGCGCGUGCUUGUCACACACCAACUGAUGUUUCUGAGAGACGUCGAUCAGAUUAUAAUAUUGAAGAACGGUGCCAUCGCCGCGGCGGGCAGCUUCGAGACGCUGAGCGCGUCGGGGCUGGACUUCGCGACGCUGCUGGCGCGCGGCGAGGAGGAGGACCGGCCCGCGCCCGAGCCCGCGCCCGCGCCCGCGCACGCGCACGAUAUCGAGGACUCGCCGCACGGCAGUUUUCGCAAGCGGCAGAUGAGCAUAAACUCCGUGAGCUCCGUGGAUAAUCUGACAGCGACAGCGCCGCCGGAGAGCGGGCGCGAGGAAGCAGAGAUGCGGUCGGCGGGCGCAGUGUCGGCGAAGGUGUACGGCGCGUAUCUGGGCGCGAGCGGCCACGCGGUCCUCGUCGCGCUCAUGGUGUUCGUGGCGGUGCUUGCGCAGCUCUUCGGCUCCGGCUCCGAUUGGUGGACCAGCUACUGGGUUAAAAUGGAGGAACUGGAGGGGAAUCCCGUCUUAAGGCUUGCAGCGACCAACACUACUCUCGAGCGGAUGAUCGACGAUGUUCAGUUUGGGGACGGGCCCCUCAGUCGAUACAACUGUAUCUAUAUCUACACUGGUAUGGUAGUCGCUUUGGUAGUGAUAUCGCUGCUCCGCUCGUUCAUGUUCUUCUCGAUGGCGAUGCGCGCGUCGACCCGGCUGCACAACAAGAUGUUCUCGGCCAUCACGCGCGCACCCAUGCGCUUCUUCCACGUCAACCCUUCGGGCAGGAUCCUCAACCGGUUCUCUAAGGAUAUGGGGGCCGUGGACGAGGUGCUGCCCGCUGCGCUGCUCGAUGUUCUUCAGAUUGGGCUAUCGCUGAUCGGUAUCGUGGUGGUGGUGGCCGUGGUGAACUACUGGCUGCUGUUGCCGACGCUGGUGAUCGGGCUCGUGUUCUACGGGCUGCGCAUCGUCUACAUCGCCUCCUCGCGCAGCAUCAAGCGCCUCGAGGGUGUGACUCGAAGCCCGGUGUUCUCGCACCUGAACGCGUCGCUCCAAGGCAUCACCACCAUCCGCGCGUUCGGCGCGCAAGAAGCGCUCGUGCGCGAGUUUGACAACCACCAGGACCUGCACAGCUCCGCCUGGUACUUAUUCAUCGCAACAUCCCGUGCGUUUGGAUUCUGGCUGGACCUUGUGUGUGUCGUAUACAUCGCCAUCGUUACUCUCAGCUUCCUCGUUCUUAAUUCAGUUGGCCAAUUUAGCGGUGGCGACGUAGGUCUCGCUAUAACGCAAGCUAUUAGCUUGACUGGUAUGUUCCAAUGGGGCAUGAGGCAAUCUACUGAAUUGGAAAAUCAAAUGACCAGUGUGGAAAGAGUGGACGAGUACUCAAAGAUCGAGUCGGAGCCGCCGCUGGUGUCGGAGGGCAGCCGCAAGCCGCCGCCGUCGUGGCCCGAGGCGGGGCGCGUGGAGUUCCGCCACAUGUACCUGUACUACACGCCCGGCGAGCCGCCGGUGCUGCGCGACCUCACGUUCACCAUCCUGCCGCGGGAGAAGGUCGGCAUCGUCGGCCGCACCGGCGCCGGCAAGUCCUCCCUCAUCAACGCUCUCUUCAGGCUGGCGACGAUAGAAGGCGAGAUCAUAAUCGACGGCCGCGAGGCGUCCGCUCUGGGUCUGCACGAGCUGCGGAGCCGCAUCUCCAUCAUCCCGCAGGAGCCUGUGCUGUUCUCCGGCACUAUGCGCCACAACCUCGACCCCUUCGACGAGUACCCUGACCACGUACUGUGGCGCGCUCUAGAGGAGGUGGAGCUGAAAGAAGCGGUGAUGGAGCUGGCGGCGGGGCUCAGCUCACACAUGUCGGAGGGCGGCGGCAACUUCUCCGUGGGGCAGCGGCAGCUCGUGUGCCUGGCGCGCGCCGUCGUGCGCCGCAACCGCCUGCUAGUGCUCGACGAGGCCACCGCCAACGUCGACCCGCAGACGGAUGCGCUGAUCCAAACUACAAUAAGAAACAAAUUUGCCGAUUGCACUGUACUGACCAUUGCCCAUCGAUUACAUACAGUUAUGGACUCUGAUAAGGUACUGGUGAUGGACGCGGGUCAGAUGGUGGAGUUUGACCAUCCGUACGUGCUACUGGGGCGGACGGGCGGCGUGCUGCGCGGCAUGGUCGACCAGACGGGGCGCGCCAUGGCCGACAUGCUAGCCAGGAUCGCUGAACAGUCUUAUAGUAAAAAGCAACGACCGUCUACCACGAGUGACGCCGAGUGAUCUAGACAAAUAUUAUUAGAUAAAUGAAACCAAUGUACACAAACGUUCCUAUGAUUGAAUUAGUAUCCAUAAAGUUAAUGCAGGUACUUAACAAGGAUCUGAUCUAGUAUCAAGUAUAUUGCGACAAAGCACGCAACCUUGUGUAAGUAGCCAAGAUACUUAAUCUUACAUUAUAUCACAUAUCCUCUCAACUACGUCCAUAAUUUAUGAAGCCAGUUAUUUUUAUAUAUUUCAGGAACUAUGUUUAAGAAUAGUUUAAUUGAUUAGUGUAUUUGAUGAUUUGUUAAUUUUAUAAUCGACAUGAUUCAUCCUAUAUUUAAUACCAAAUAAUUAAGUAUGUGUCAAUUCUGUGUUAUAUGUUGUUUAAACUGGUUUACCAUAUGAAUAAGUACUAGGAUUUCAACAAGUACUAAGCCGAAGUUUGUACAUAGCAAAUUUUAUUUAUCGAUUUAUUUUAGUAUCUCAUUCAUUAAAUAUAUAUUUUUUCAAAGUCAAUACUUAAUCAAUCAGUGCUUCAAGCAAAUUGUCUCGUAUAUAUUUAAAUUAUUUUUAUGGUAAAACUGUACAAGUUAAUAAAUUUACUAUAUUAAACCAAUGAUAUUAUAAAACUAUAGAUAAGUUAUACUCAUACAAAACGAGCACAAAAAAUACAUACUUCCAUAUUUAUUUAAAUACUUCCGGAUGAAUCUGUUUUUGUUGAUUAAUUUUCGCAUACCAUUUAUCUUUGUUACACUCGUUGUUGAACAUAAGCUUGUCUCUUUCUCUUUGGGCCAGUCAUAUUAAGCCUAAAAAGGGGGUCACGCUCGGAACGAGAGAUAAUAAGCUGGAAACUCGUAUACACCUUCGUUAUGACGUAUUAAAUGUUCUCUUAAUAGUCGACGCAUAUAUCGUGUGCGCGUCAGAUGUUACUCUAGGCCAAGGGUCAUACAAGUCGGUUUUCCGCGGAUACCAAAUUUCUAUAGCUUCCAUGUUAUUUACAUGUAGGUAAGAGUCGUAGAACAUAAAAUUUGCGAAAAAUUAGGUACCAAACAUUUUUUCAUGAGAUGAGCCGUUUUCAAGGUACAGGGUACAGAAAGCGUAGUGAUCAGACAUACGUACUAUGAGGCAAAGUCAAUCGUGAAUAUCGGUGAAUAAUACCUAAUAAUACCUUGUAUAAACUUAUUUAAUCAUCCUUUAUUAAUCAUAUACAGCUUUUAAAAGUUGUCUAUCCUGUAGAAAAUAAGUAACCGCUUGUGUCCAUGUAAGUAUACGUACGGCGUACUUACAGGUUAUUAUUGAAAUCGAUCGUACACGGAGUUCCUAUGGCCAUCUACGGUUCCCAUCAACAGAUCAGCUCGAUUAUCAUCGGUCUUUCAUAAUGUAUACCAAAUUAUAGCUCAAUCUGAAACCAUUAAGGGUCUCCGGCAAGCUCGGUUCUCCAUACAAACGUAGUUUCGCUCUCAUUUUAAAACGACUAGCUAGAUUGCUCUGAAACUUUGUACUUACAAUAGGAUAAGGUAUAUCUAGGUCUGUAAUUAGUUUAUGUAGCUUCAGAUACCAUAAUUAAAAAAAAUCAGCUAAUUUAAAUUUUUCAUACAAAUCUUGUUUUUGCUCUAUUUCGUUUGUUUUAUAAACUGUAGCUAUAUAAACUAAUUUCCAACCUAGACAUACCUUAUGUCAUUGUAUGUGCAAAGUUUCAUUACAAUCCAAAACGUUGUUUUAAAAUGAGAGCGGAACUACGUUUGUAUGGGAAGGUGCAAUAAAGUUAUAGCCUAUAACCUAUAAAAAUAUAUAAACCUGUGUAAAGGGAUACCCUUUUUAUAUAAAACUGUCAUACAAUCAUUACAUAUAUGCACACAUGCUGUUAACUAAUGUCCACAGGAGGGGCAACUUUUGCUUUAACAUCUAUCUAUGACCCACAAGUGUCAUUUUAACGAUUAAAAAACUUUAUAGAAUGUAUUAUUCAGAGAUUACCAGCUACCCUUGCGUCAUGGUGCGUUUGGCUGGCCGCUGCGCCUUCUAUGCGAUAUAUCUUGAAAACGGCUAAUCGCAUAAAAAAAUGUGAUACCUAACUUGUCGCAAAUUUUGUCACAAUUCUUACCUACAUGUAAAUAACAUGGGAGCUAUAGAAAUUUUGAUAUCCGUGAUACCGAUUUUUGUGACUUUUGACCUUGAAUAACUUCUGACGCGCACGCGGUAUAUGCGUCGACUUUUAAGAUAACCUUUAAUACGUCAUAACGAAAGGUGUAUACGAGUUUCCAGCUUAUUAGUUCUCAUUCCAAGGUGAAGCCCUUAAAUUGCCUGGGCCAGGGACAUCUCUCGCUUGCCUACCUAGGCGUAACUAGAGCAUUCUGUACAAUUGACACAAAUUGUGCUUUAAUUUUGGAGCGCGUAUAACGUAUCUGUAGUUGUAAUGCCAUUGUAUUAAACGAAAUCGAAUAUUAUAAGAUCUGUCUGGAAGGAGAGCAGGGAAUUAUAUUACUUAUAAGGGUGUGUAUGACAUUUAGAAUUAUGAACUAACUUGCUUAACUUUUGGUAGUGCUUAUAGUUGAGGUGCUAUUAUAUUGUCUAUGUACUUAAUGUAUAAGUAAAUUUGUAUUGUGAUGUUGGUAGGAAUGGCGACGCGACAGAUUAUACGGUUGCUGCUUCACGCCUUAUUGCUCACAAGUGUACUUGAUAACGAUUUCUAAAUAGAACAUACAAAGUAUGUCAUUUGAAGUAUUUGGUGUAAAUGCCAUAUUAAAUUGUGUCCAGUUUUGAUCUUUAUAUUUUUACACUAAUGCUAAAGUCAGUGAUAAUUUAAAACGGACAUAAUUUUUUCCUGGUUCUUAAAUGAUAAUGAAAUUAUGUGAAAUUCUGUGCCUGUUAUAAUUCUUAUAUUAUAUAAUAGUUAUUAAAAUAGUUAUAUAUGAAUUAAAUACCGUUCUUAUGUA